AUGAAAAGGAAAGACAAACAAUUGAUUUCUAUGGGAAAGGAGGAGAUAGAUGAACUGAUUGGGAACUCAUUAAAGUCAGGAGAUACAGAAGAACAUCCGUAUUUUUUGCAGCAGAAUAAUAUAUACUGGGAAACUGGGCAUAGGACAUACAUUCCCUUUUUUCACUUUUUAAUUCACAAGUACACGAACAAGAUAAUAGACGACCAGAUCAGGAAAUUCACAAAAAGUGUGCAAAGUGUACAUCAUACCCCAUUUGUAUUCCACAAAGAUGGUUAUUUUAGAAGUUACUAUGCUGAUCCAGAUGUAAACAUGAUUUUUCACUUAAAGAAGAACACAAAUUUUGUUUUUAAUUCAACGGGAACUCUUAGUUCAUAUAACUUACUGGAGAAUAAUUCUUCCUUUGAUAAACCAACACACAUAUUUAAUCAAGUGCUCAUGAGUGCUUUUAAAAUGGAUUUGAAAAAUGCCAUAGAAGGAGAAGAAGGAGUGUCUGUGUAA